UGGUUAGGGAGGGAAGCGGGGUGGGGAAGGCUAGGUGCGGGGAUGCGUUAGUGAGGCGAGGGGAGCCAGCCUGCGAGGAGGUCCUUUUUUGCCUGCAAGGAGAGAAGGGGGGGAAGAAGGAGGAAAAAAAGGCGUUAUCCUUCCUUUGCAUCCUCUGGCAACCCUACCUGGGAAGCAUAGCCGAGCCACCAGAAAUAACCGGGAAAUCUGCAUCACCAACAAAACAACACUCUUCCACCCUAUCGUCCUUCCCGUACAUCAGCACAGAGUUGGCACGAUGGCCUCCAAUUCAGGAAUCGUCCCCGAAGAUGGGGAGAGCAGCAAAAAUGCCACGUUGGAAAGAUGCCUGAACGUGUUUCGGGAUGCCAGCAACGACAGCGAGCAACUUGCGGCUCUGCUUCUGGUGACCAAAGCUGUCAAAGCCGGAGAGAUCAACUCCAAAACCCGCCGGAGGAUCUUUGAUGCCGUUGGGUUCACCUUCCCAAAUCGGCUCUUAACAUCCAAGGAUGCCCCCGAAGGCUGCCCGCAGCACACAUUCCAAGCCCUCGGCCUCACUCUGCUGGCCUGUUUCUGCACGGAUCCGGAUUUGGCCCGGCACCCCCAGAUCCUCAACAAAGUCCCCAUCUUCAACGACGUGAUUUCGUCUCCAGAGCUGGCGGAGGCUUCCUGCCACGCCAUGAUCGACGACACGUACCAGUGCCUCCGAGCCAUCCUGGCCACCCCUAAGGGUCCCCGGGAGCUGGUGAACCGGGGGACCCUCCAGGCGCUGUGCGCCGCUUACGUGAACCACUGCUAUGGCUUCGAGCAGGCGCUGCAGCUGCUGGUGGGGCUCCUGACGGCCGUGGAGGCGAAGUGCUGGCAGAGGGCCACUCUCGACCUGCUGGGCGUCCUCAACGUGCUGAGCGCCGAAUUCCAGAAGGCGGAAGAUAUGACCAAGUUCAAGCUGUGCGAGAUCCUGCCGCGCUUUGUGCCCCACCUCCUGCCUCCCGGCUCCGAGUGCCUCCCGCCGCUCUACCGAGGCCUCUCAAGCAUCCUGACCAGCAAGCUGAGCCCCGCCCAGCGCGACCCGGCGUUGAAACUGGCGGCGUGCCUGUCGCAGGCCUGCGGCUCGAAGUGGGUCCCGGCCGGGAGCGCGGGCAGCAAGUUCUUUGCCUUGCUGGCCAACCUGGCGUGCGUGGAAGUCCGCCUGACCCUGGAGGAGCUCGAUUUGGCGGAGCUGAGCAAGAAGCAGGAGGUGAUGGCGGCCUGCUAUGUCGUGAUGGAGCUGGCCAUCAUGGAGUGCACCCGGGAGAAAGGCUCUUUGCUCCACGACGCACAGAAAGUGCAGCUGGUUGGGAUCCUCGGGGAGGCCUUCCGGGCUGUCAUCCACUACCUGAGACAGGCAGGACGGAAGAAGCCAGAGGACCCGUUCGUCUUUGCUUCCGUCCGAAUCCUGGCCGCCUGGCUGGCUGAAGAGACUUCUUCCCUCAAGCAGGAGAUCUGUGACCUUCUUCCUUUCCUCAUACAAUACGCCCGGAUGCAGUUUGAGGAGGAGCGGAAAAGCCGGAGCAGUUCUCAGCGCGAGACCGAGCAGGCCGGGCAAGGCAGCACCCCGGAACCGAUUUGGCGAGGGGACGCGCUGAGGUUCCUGUUGCCAGGCUUAAGCCACUUGACCGCUGAGGAUCAACCCCGCGAGAUCCUCAUUUCAGAAGGGGCCCCCAUCCUCCUGUGCCAAUAUUUCUUGCACCGCUGGGAGAAAUUUGUUUUAAACACCGAAACUGUGUCUGCUUCGAAAUCGGUGGAAUCCAGUCUUCAAACAUCUUGUGAAAUUUUCCUGAAUUUUGUUGUCACUGCUCCUGAUUUGAUCAGCCGAGAAGAAUGCUUUGCAGCUUUGAUGGACACCUUGCUGAAGUCCCUCCCUUCUCUGUUGCCCCAGAGAGAACACCUCACCCUGACAGCCAACGUGACCACGCUGGGGCUCAUGAUGGCCAAAAGGCUGUUCGCUUAUCCAGGUCUCCAGGGGACUCCGGAAGCCGAGGGCUUCUUCGUAGCUGCCAUCCGUUUCCUGGCAGAUGCUUACGUGCCCCAGCCGGGUCCAGACGGGGAGAUCAUGGUCCUGAGCGUGAACCCAGCCUAUAAGGCCGCCUGGCCAGCCAUCCGUGAGUUGUGGUUCCUGAGCAUGCAGGCCUUCGCCAGCUGCGUGCCCCUCUUCCUGUGGCUGCCACAGGACGUCCUGCGCUCCGGCUGGCUCCAGGAGCUCCUGGCAUCCUUGGGCCGGGUGACUCCGAAGUCCGUGGAUAUGGAAGUGGCCAGAGCUUACCAAGGCAUCUUGGUGGAACUGGCCAGAGCCAGCCAGCCGUGUUUGGAGAUGAUCCAGCAGCACCAGGGUUUGGAGCUGGCCAGCCUGCACGGGAUGGCGGCCUUGGAGCAAUGCCUCUCAGAGCAGUGAGCGGGCGCCGCUUAUUAACGUGGUGGUAGGAAAAAAAAGUGUUUUUUUCCCCCCCGAAGCAGUGUUAUAAUUCUGUUUCACACAGACGGGUGCUCUGUAGUCAAUAGAGCACAGAUCCGGCAGGCCUCUCUUCUUCCCAGGCGGCUGCACACAGUUAUAAAGCAUAACGUGAUUUCUAUUUAUUUAUUUAUUUAUUUAACUCAUG